UGGUGUUUCUCUGACACAGAGGGGUCGUGUUUUUCCACAUGACCACAUCAGCCUUGCACAGAUGUGUCCCUGGUCUAAUGAUCACUAACCAGGGAGGGACUGGGUGCUACCGAACAUCGCACCAGAUGCCCCGAAGUGGACUGACCUGGAUGUGAAUCCGGAAUAAAGGCACAGUAAAGGCCGUAUCUGGCAUUAUUCUGACAGACCGAAACAACGAUAUAAACAGGGGAUGGUUGCAGUAGCAGCGGGGUAGCUAGCUAACUUUAUCAAAUGGCGUUUCCACUCGUGUUUUUCUCAUCAAAUCUGAACUAAUGUGAGAACAUGGAGGAUGUUGGGAAGAGCAUCUUUACCCGGAUCAAUUAGUUGUCUUGCAUAAUUGUGAAUAAUGGAUAAUAAGUGCAAAGAGGACCAGGAAACGAUGUUGUUAUUAGCCAGUUAGCUGACCUUACGUGAUCAAAUUAGUGGGCUGAGUUAGCCGUGCUAACUCAGCCCACUAAUUUAAAUAGGCACGCAAAAUAUCUCUAAUAUUUACUGCUGUCUAACUUUGCUACUCAGUGAGAUUUGUAGACUGACAGGUUUGUCAAGUGAAUCACUUUUUUAAAACCCCUUUCUGCUGUUAACUAAGCUAGCUAGCUAACCAGCUGUGCCGUGUAACAGUGAUCUGCUCCAGUCUGCUGUGCUGUCACUGCAGAAAUCAUAAUAUAGCUUUAACACUGUUAAACUGCCAAGCGGACGACAACCAUGGCUCAAGAAGCCUUCCCCCUGCACCUCCUGGUCUGGAACAAUCAGUACCUGGAGCUGGAUCGAGAGCUGCAGAAGAAAGAGCAGGAUGUGGAACGCCUGGAUCCGAGGGGGCGCACCCCGCUGGAGCUGGCUGUGUGUCUGGGCCACUUGGAGUCCGCCCGGGUGCUGCUCAGACACACCGCAGACCCGACACACGGCAACGCACAGGGGUGGAGCAUCUUGCAGGAGGCAGUGAGCACAGGGGACCCUGAGCUGGUUCAGCUGGUACUUCAGUACAGAGACUUCAAGCGUGCCACUGAGAGACUGGCGGGCAUCCCAGAGCUGCUCAGCAAACUAAGACAGGCAAGGGACUUCUAUGUUGAGAUGAAGUGGGAGUUCACCAGUUGGGUGCCCUUGGUGUCAAAGGUUUGUCCCAGUGACGUCUAUCGGGUGUGGAAGAGCGGCUCAUGCCUUCGAGUGGACACCACCCUCCUGGGCUUUGAACAUAUGACCUGGCUGAAAGGACGACGCAGCUACAUCUUCAAAGGCGGAGACGAUGGGGCAGUGGUGAUGGAGGUGGACCAUGAGAAGCAGGUGGUGUACACGGAGCCUCUUGUGUUGUCUCCCCGUGAUGCACCCUCCCUCCUUGCAGCCAUGCAGCCAUCACAGGAGAACACCGCCCAGAGACUUACAUCACCCAUCGUCUCCACGCACCUCAACACACGCAACAUUGCCUUCGAACGGAACAAGUCAGGGAUCUGGGGCUGGCGCUCUGAGAAGAGUGAGGUGGUCAGCGGAUAUGAAGCCAAGGUUUACAGUGCCACCAAUGUAGAGCUGGUGACUCGAUCAAGAACAGAGCAUCUAUCAGACCAGGACAAGUCAAGGAGCAAAGGCUCAAAGACUCCUUUGCAGUCCUUUCUGGGGAUCGCUGAACAGCACACAGCUCACAACGGGAGUAACGUGUCCCAGUGUGCCAGUCCGCACAACCCUACAGCCAUCACAGCUGAAGAGUACUUCGACCCAGAGUUCAACCUGAACGGGCGGGACAUUGGACGUCCGGUCGAGCUGACGAGCAAAGUCCAGAAGUUUAAAGCCACCCUGUGGUUAAGUGAAAGUCACCCUCUGUCCCUGGCUGAGCAGGUGACACCCAUCAUUGACCUCAUGGCCAUCUCCAAUGCCCACUUUGCCAAGCUGCGUGACUUUAUCACUCUACGCCUGCCGCCAGGAUUCCCUGUCAAGAUAGAGAUUCCCCUGUUUCACGUCUUGAAUGCCAGAGUGACAUUCAGUAACCUGUGCGGCUGCGACGAGCCGGUUAGCUCUGUGACGGUUCACACACCAGAGAGCCCCGAUGAAGCUGGUCAGUCUCCUGCUCCCUUCCACUGUGAUGUGGACCCCUCAGUGUUUGAGCCCCCUGCAGAGUAUACCACCCUCGGCCCAGGCCGCAGCGAGCCAAUGAGGGAUGAAGACGACAACCUGCUACAGUUCGCCAUCCAACAGAGCCUUCUGGAUGCUGGCACAGAGAGUGACCAGGUGACCAUCUGGGAGGCCCUGACCAACAGCCGCCCGCCACAAAGUCCGCUGUACGAGGAAGACUCUCAGCUGGAGAGGGCAAUCCAGGAGUCUCUGUCCAUCUCGCUGGCCAGCCGGGAGGAAGAAGACAUGGCUGACCCCAGUCAGCCCCCCUCUGUGUCUCCGUCGGAUCCCUCAGCCAACUCCCCACUCUCCUACAGCGCCGUGACAGAUCCACGUUUGUUGGGACACUUUGGUUUGGCAUCGAGCUACGAUGAACAGUUGCGCAUCGCAAUGGAGAUAUCUUGCCGAGAGCAAGAGGAGAUAGACAGGAAGGCGAAGGAGGAAGAGGAUGAGCUGGAGAGGAUCCUGCAGUUGUCACUCACCGAGAAGUAAUGUCACAACAGCAGCAAUGGAGCACCUUUCUUCAUUGGGUUCAAUCCUCCUAAUUUAUUCUGUUUUAUUUUCAGUGUUUUAAAAUCCUGAGAUGUUAAGUUAUUACAAGUACUUUAUUUGUCUUUCUCACACGAAAGCUGCUACAACAUAGAGUAAUGAACCAGAAUAUAAGAAGUGUGUGAGAAACAGGUGUGUGUGUGUGUGUGUGUAGGGACAGGUUAAAUAAGAAGAGGUACAAAGAGGUACUGUAAAACACACUACAGUGACGGAGAAGACUAAAGGGAGAGUCUGUUUUUCUUUUUUUAUUGAAUAUUUUUCACAGUCUUGCUGUCCUUAUUGAGUAAUGAAUGAUCCCUAAACUUUAAACCUAUACCAUGAUCCAUGAUAAUGAUAAAAAUAUAAAAAUAAAGUCUUAAUGGAAUAACUUAUGAAAAUAUGAUUAUGACAUUUGAAACAUUUUGUUGGCUUACUCUUGUGUGAAAAAUAAAGAAUAAUGAUCAUCCUGGA